AUGCUUGUUCUACUCCUUUUUGCAACAUGGUCAUUUUUAUCAUGCGCUUUUUACAAUUCUGUUAAAUUACGAUGGAAUGAAAAUGAGAUAAUACAACUGAAUGGAAGUAACAAAUUAGCUACAUUCCCAAGUAGCUUAAAUAAAAAUAAAUAUAAAAGACAUUUUUUUAUUAACAAUAGUGUGUUUGAAAAAAAAAAUGGGAAUAAAAUACAGCCACACAUGCCCACAAAAUUUAAUAAAGAAAAAAAUAAUAUAUUUUUAAAUGCAGAAAAUAAUAUUAAUCCAAAAGAGUUGAUUAUUGAAAAAUUUAAAAGUAAUGAUAAUAAUAAUGAUUUUUUUUAUAGUAAAUUUUUUAUAAAUAAUAAAGAAAGAACAUUUAUAAUAGACCUAUGUAGCGAUAACAGUUUUAUAUUUCAAAAAGAUGAGAAGGAAGGAAUUUUUGAUAUGAAAGAAAAUAUUGAUAACACAUUAUCAAAUAAUUAUAUUAAUCCCAAGUUGUUAUACAUGAACUUUCAUUCAAGUGAUGUUCAGGAAAUAAAAGACGAAAUAUAUUUAAACAAUACAAAACUUGAAGCAACGAAAAUCAUCACAACUAUUAGCGAUCAUAUUAAAAAAAAAUUCGAUUUUUAUGUUAUAAAAAAUAAUGAUAUUAGUAAAAGUUUUGAUGGAAUUAUUGGAUUUGAUAUAUUAAAACAGUUCAACAUGGUUAUAUUUGAUACAAUAAAUAUGAAAAUUAAUUUAAUUGAUGACGAAAAUUGUAAUGAAUUACGAGAUAACAUUCAUAAAGAAAAAGAAAACAUGUAUGCAAUAUCAUUAAGAAAUUAUUCAAAUAAUUUAAAAUACUUUAUUGCAAACAUUAAUGAAUCUGAACCUCAUAAAUGUUUUAUAGACACAGGAAAUUCUAGAACAAUUAUUGUAAACAGUGAUAUAUUUCCAGAUAAGUAUAAUGAUGCAAAAUCUGUCGAAACUGUUGAAAAUAUAUUAAAUAAAAAAUUUAGUGUGGAAAAGGUUGACAUAAAAAAUUUUAACAUUAUCACAAAAAAUAAUAAAAUAGUUAAUGCAGAAUUAAAUAAUGUUUACAAAGGGAAUAUGGAAUAUUUAGAUAAAAAUGUUAUAUUAUUAGGGUUGGACUUUUUAAAAGAUAAAAAAUUAAUUUUUGAUUUAAAAAAUGGAAUUUUAUAUUUGGAAGGAAAAUCUAUGCAUAUAUCAUCAAAAGAGAGUACAUCAAUUGAUAUUUCCGAAAACAGCCAAAAUUUGGACGAUGUUGAAAUAAGUCGUAAAUGUAAAGAAAUUUAUGAACAGUUAAGAAAAAAAGAAAUAAAUUUUUUAAAAAUAACAAAUGAAUUAGAAAGUGAAAAUAUAUACAUAAAAGAUUGUAAAAAUACUGAUGAUGUAAUAAAAAAAUAUGCAAUUAAAUUGGUUUAUGGUCCAAGUGUGUUAAAAACUAAUGACAGAGAAACUAUUAAAAAAGAAUUUGAUAUUAGAUAUAAUGAAAUUACAGAAUUUUUUAAAAAGUUAAAUAAUGAACAAAAACAAAAUAUGUUAAAUGAUAUUGUAAAUAUUAUGAAGAGGAAUACUAAUAGCAAUUUUAUUGGUUAUGAACAUUUGGGAGAAGAAAAAGUUUCAAAACUUAUUGAGCAGUUUGUAAAUUAUGAAAUAAAUAAUAAUUCAUAUUCUUUACAUUUGUUUAAAUCUAAUAAUGUAAAUAAAAAAAAUGAAAAUGCUCUAAUUGAAGAAUAUAAUUUUUUAUAUAAUGUAUACACAUCCCAUCCUGAAUAUUCUUUUGAAAUUCUGAACGAUUUUAAAAAAGAAUUGACAAAGCAAAAGAUCAAUUUUAAAGAUUGUAAAGAUGAAACAGACUUAAUAAAAAAGGUAGCUGAAAUGAGAGUAUUUCUUAACGGGAAAAAUGGGGGGCAUGAUAAUAAAAAUAAAAAUCGAAGAAAUGUAAUUGUUAGAAAAUUUACAAAUGAUGAUAAUAAUGUGCAUACACAAAUAAUAAUACGGAGAAGUGGAUUAGAUUCAGAUAAUUAUGAUGACAAUAAUAAUUUAGAUAAUUUUUUUAAUGGUAAUAAAGAGGAUGGAGAAGGAUAUUCAUAUAACGGAAUGAAUAAUAAUUUAAAUGAUUUAUUUCCUAAUUCAUUGUUUUCAGGAAUAUUUAAAAAUUUUUUUGGAAAUAAUAACAAUGAUAGUGAAGAAAUAGAUAAUGAAAAUGAUGAUAAUCAACAUGAUCUUUUAUCUGAAUUAAAUAACUUUUUUGGAUUAGGUGCAAAUAUGGAUAAUAAUUUUUUAAAAAAAAAAAAAAAAAAAAAAAGUGUAAUUGGAUUUAAAACCAAUACACCACAAAACAAUAAUAAUAAAGAAGAAAAAACAGAUUCAAUAGAACAAGCAAUUAAAAAUGAAAAAGAUGUAGAUAUUAUAUUUCUUUUAAAUAAAGUACAAAAAUUAAAUGAUGACAAUUUAAAAAAUUUUAUACUCCAAUCCUUAAAAAAUGAUACUAUACGAAAUAUGCUUAUCGACGCAGUUAAAAAUGGUUAUCAAAAUAUAUAUGACAAAUGUAAGAAACAAAACGACAAUAAGAGUAUGUACCUACUUCAAAUGCUGAAACAAUCAGGAAUUUUUUGA